GCUUGCUGCCGGAGCGAACACGCGGUUCCGUGCUCGCGUUUCAUUCUGUCGGCGGAGGCCUUUAAACUACGCCCACACCGUUUCUCCUCGUUUUCAACACACCCCGAACCCACGGGACGCCGGCCGAACGAACGAAACCCGCCGCACGAUAUCUUCAACCGCAUCUCAUACGGGUCAUGACGCUGGAAGCGAUCCGGUACCGCUCCGGGUCUCUGCAGAUCCUCAACCAGCUGCUGCUGCCGCACGAGACCGUGUACGAGGAGGUCCGGUCGGUGCGGGACGGAUAUGAGGCCAUCAAGAGUAUGAAGGUGCGCGGUGCUCCCGCUAUCGCCAUCGUGGGGUGCUUGAGCCUGGCGGUGGAACUGCGGGCGGGCGCCGGAGGUGACGACCUCGUUUCCUUUAUCAGGGACUCUCUGUGCCACCUGACGUCCGCGCGGCCCACGGCGGUCAACAUGGGCCGAGCCGCCCGCGAGCUGAUGGAGUUCACGGAGAACGAGAGCAUGGAGAAGAACACAGAACAACUGAGAGACAGUGUGAUUGGCUGGAUUGAGGAGAUGCUGGAGCGAGACGUGAACGACAACAAAAAAAUCGGCAACUACGGCGCGCAGCACAUUCUGUCUGGAGUUCCACGAGACUCCGUCACAAUCCUCACGCACUGUAACACCGGGAGUCUGGCCACAGCGGGAUACGGCACAGCUCUCGGAGUGGUACGGUCGCUGCACUCACUCGGCCGUUUGAAGCGUUUGUACUGCACGGAGACGAGGCCCUAUAACCAGGGGGCCAGGCUGACGGCGUACGAGGCCGUCGCCGAGGGAUUCCCGGCCACCCUCAUCACAGACAGCAUGGCGGCGCUCGCCAUGAGGGAAAAAGGAAUCACAGCUGUUGUUGUCGGAGCAGACAGGGUCGUCGCCAACGGCGAUACGGCGAACAAAGUGGGAACAUAUCAGUUGGCCAUCGCCGCAAAGCAUCAUGGGGUACCGUUCUAUGUAGCGGCGCCCAGCACGUCCUGCGAUUUGAGUUUGGAAAGUGGCCGUGACAUCGUGAUCGAGGAACGUCCACCUGAGGAACUCACAAGCAUCAAUGGAGUUCCUGUAGCAGCGCCCGGUAUCGAUGUGUGGAACCCAGCGUUUGACGUAACCCCUCACCAGCUCAUCACAGGGGGCAUCAUCACCGAGCUCGGCGUGUUCCUGCCGUCUGAACUCCAGGCUGCUCUGACGGGCAGACUCACCGCCCUGUAAGGCCACAGCGCCCCCGCAGGAACGGGUGUAUUACCGCACCUCAAGCACCACUCAGCUCUCUCAUCUCUCUUGUAAUGUUUUCACCUCGUUCUGGUGGAAGCGGCACCUUUAAUUACACACACAAGCGUCAGCACCAAGGCGUUAACAAGGUACACGCACGUUCGAUUCAAUUUAACACUUACGACGUCAAGUGGAAUAACAAAAGUGUUACACAAAAGUACAACCCAGGGAUGCUUGUAAACACACACACGCAAACACACACACACACAAUCUCCUCUCUGUCUGUACAGCUCAUGCGGCAUCAUCUCAUGUUUUUGUCUGAAAUGUUGUGAAACCUCAUUUCUUUGUCAGGGUUUUUAUAACUCGCGAACCUUUCCACGUUUCGGUUUUAGCUCCAGUUUUUAAUAGAAAGUGUAUCAAGGUGAAAGCAUGUCGGAGACAUUUCCAGGUUGUAUUUUAACUAAAAAGGAAAGGCAAGAAUUAUACAUUUUACAGUGAAAUUUUGUUUUGUUUUAUUGUUAGAGAAUAAUUUUAUUAUUUUUAUUGUUAAGCCUUUUGGAAAAAAAAAAUAUAUAUACUGUAUAUCUCUCUGCUGGUGGGGUCUGAAACUACUUAAGUCAAGUUUUGACUUCAGUUCAAUAAACAUUUUCUUAUUUUAAGCAUAAUCCUAUAUAAUUUGGAGAAUUGGUUUCAGAAUACAAAACGUAAUGUCUUCAUUUUAAAAAAUUAUAUUUGUACUGACAAACAUUUAAAAAAAUGUUUUUCUUCCAGUGUGAAAAUUUUACAGUACAAAAGAUCCAUUUUACUUUUUGUAAAAUAUAAUUUCCUUUCUUCCGAUUUAGCAUUUAAUGUGACCUCUGCAUGUAAUUGUAAGAUUCACUCUUCGCAAAGAUGGUAAAUGGUGGACAACCAUUAAACAAAGUUAUUAAAAUGAUUGUAAUAUUUCAAAACUGUCUUGACUUUUAGAACGGUUCACUGUUGAAUUAGUUUCCCUUGAAGGUCAGACUCUUGGUUAUUUAGGGUAAUAGAUAAGCUUAACUCAUUUUAAAUAAGGGCUGUCCUUUAGUGUACAUAUGUACGAUUUAGUACGUUAGCAUAACGCUAAUCGAAACGCCAAAUCUUUUAAGAGAAGUGCCGAACGCGUUACUGAACCCAAAUGUUAUAUUAACAUUUUUAGAGUGUUUUGAAAGCCGCAAAUGAGUGAAGAAAACAUCCAGAGAGUUGUCAGUACCGAUGCAGCACUUUGCCCUCAGUCUGCAUCUAUGGAAAGAUCGUUGCACCGCUGUUAUUUGAGUUUCAUGGGUUAAGUCAGUAAGUUGUGAAUCAAUCAUCUGAAUUUAAAGGAAUGUUCUAGGUUCAACUUUGAGUUCUCAGUUGGCAAGAGCAAACAUAAAUCACGUUCACAGUAUUGCACUUACAAUGCAAGUCUGCGUGGCAAGUGUUACAAAUCCUUUUUUAUUUUAUUUUUAGUAUUUUAACUUCUCUUUUUAGAACCUUACAAACACGUAUUGCAUGAGAAUUACAUAAUUCUUGAAGAUGUACACACUGUAUAUGUAGCGCUGUGGAAAAGUUAUAUUGAAAGUUAUGAAAGUUUGUGUUUUACUUUUAAAAAAAAACUGUGACCUAAAUCUACACAAAUGUUAUUAGUAAUCUAUUUCACGGUUAGGGUUAAACUUUCAAAACUUCAGUUUGUAUUGUCUAUUGCUUGGUCCUGUGUCCUUCCGUUAUAAUUCCAUAUGCAUUACUGUAAAUUUGACUUUUUGUUAACUGAAUGGAUGGACGUAAUGCUACAAAUGCUGUCCAUAGAGAAUAAGCUUCACUAAACCUUUAACAUUCCUUUAAAUCUAGUGAAACGUUGCAUUUGUAUAACACCUUUCAUAGGUAAAGUUCUUCACAGGUCAAAGUAAAAUAUUAAGUAUAACUAUGUAUUUAGGUACUUGUAUUUGAUUCCAGCGUAGAGAAGAAAUGGUGCUAUGGAGCUAGACGUUAGUCAAUACCUCAUUAGAUCUAAACUCCUCUAAUAGUACUUCCACUUUGUUUUGUAGUGUGUGAUGUAGUCCUGUGUUGUAUUUAUUCGCCACAAUAGCUCACACACACACACACACACACACACACACACACACAAGCCUGGGUGUGCUUUUAUAGCAGCUCAUAGAGGGCACACAGGACUGAUGUUUGAUCAGAACCUCAUACAGUAUAGCCGGCUGUGCGCUUGGGUGCAGAUCUGAUCCGGGAUCAGUGUUGUGGUGAGGGCGUAUGCUCUGUGUUACUGAAUGUAACGAGGCGAAUUCCUCACUGCCUUAGGAGACCAGCAAAAGCACCACGCCCACUGAUGUCUGAUUGGCUGACUAAGACAGAGCGACGCCCCCCCUUAGAGCUUUGCUUCCACCUUAGGCUCUCAGCACCACGAUCAUAUAAGUCUAAGAAACAGAAUUUAUCAUUGGACUAUCUGCACUUCUUAAUGUUUCGUUAAUAGCGGUGUGAUUUUAAAUGCACAUACUUACUUUUAUGGUUUAAUCUGUCUAACAAAAAGAGAUGUAGCAUCAAAACACUCGGAGCAGCUGUAAAUGUGUCCGUUUAUUUUUCUUCAAUCACUUCAAAUCUAUAGUUUAACAUAAAACAGCUCGGAAGAAAAACAUCUUUUUUUUUGACAGAUGAGUUUGAGUUUAGGACCGAAGCUAUCAAUAUGGAAAUAUAAGAGUUAUUUUAGAGAUGAAUGCAUAAGUUGUAUGCAUUAAAUGUAGCAUUGUAAUAGAUCAUUCGUGUAUAGAUGUGUAGUGUCCUGAAGGUACAAGGUUUAGUUUGAUUUUGCAUCAUUGUUGAUUUUUUUAACUGUGUUUUAUGUAUAUUUAUACACUAUAACCAUAAAUUGUGAUUCUUGGUGAUGAUACUGUUUAAAAGCUUUUAUUGAGAGGCCCUCUAUAGACAGGACAGGCCACUCUGCGCUCGAAGGGAUGGACAAAUUCUAGUUUGACAUCUAAAAUCUACUGAUUUAAUAGAAUGUUUAACAAUUGGCAGAAAACUAUUCAAGUAAAGCGAAGGAUUAGUUUGGUUCAGUCUGGCUUUGAAACACUUAUGGUAUGCCGAAGCUGUUAACCCGCAUAUAAUAUAAUCUUGGCAUUAUCAAAAAAAGAUUGUAAUGCGUUGAAAAGAAGCUCACACAUCACAGAUGAGAAGCAAUAGAUAGGCUGUUUUCUUGAGGUUAAGCUGAUGCCAGACAAUCCGAGUUCAGGAGGUUGCAUGCUAAAGGUUUCGGCUCUAUUAACUGCCUCAGAAAGUUUCAGUUCGCUCAUAUCUUUUUUUAUGUGCUUUAGUGUGGUGAGAUGAACGUCUCACAACACCUGGUGCCAAAACGACAAUGUGACUGUGACUUUGUGAUCGGUGGACCGAUGUCAGUCUGAGAGGACCUCUUUGUGUUUCUGUUCUUACUGCUCUUAACUGAUCAUCACAACCUGGUUUAUUUUGUAUUCUGUGGAAAUAGCUGAAGAAAAACUAUUAGGCUGGAUGUUUUUUAUACAUAUAAAUAUAAUGCUCUAUACAACAUACAUAAAUUGAAUUGUCUCUAUCACAUCGGUACAAUAAACAGAGAGAACCAAAAACUGUGUCCGUUUUAUUUA